UUCCUGCUGCCUCCGACCAGCCACUUUUUCUCUAGUUGCUCUCACGCCGUUUCUUUUAGGACCAGAAAAACAAAACAAAACAAAACAAAACAAAAAAACUGAACAUGGCUUCUGUCCUUUACAGACUGGCAGUACCGAGGUGCUCUCUGUUGCGGCGCUUGGCUGUCCCACGGUGGGAAACGCAACGACUUAAACACCCUGGGUUACACCGGGACGCGACGAAACUGCUAGCCGGGGGAAAUCGCUCUCUCGCGGCCUGCAGCCGGGCCGACAGCCGCUCACAGCACACAGCGGCGGAGGUGUCCGUGGAGGUGGACCUAAAGCGGCUAGAGGGACAGGACAAGGGAAUAGUGGAGGUGCUGAUGUGCCGCCACAGAGCAAGGAACGCUCUCGGUCACACGUUUGUGUCACAGAUGAGGGAGCUGGUGUCCACUCUGUCCCAUGACUCAGCGGUUCGUGUGGUGAUCUUCAGGAGUUUGGUGCCGGGGGUCUUCUGUGCAGGUGCCGACCUGAAAGAACGAGCGUUGAUGGACAACUCCGAGUCCGAUCUGUUUGUCCAGAGCCUGCGCUCCCUCAUGUCUCAAAUAGCGGUAUUGCCCACGCCCACUGUCGCGGCGAUGGACGGCGUCGCCCUGGGGGGUGGACUGGAGCUCGCCCUGGCCUGCGACCUGCGCACUGCCUCAACUUCAGCCCAGAUGGGUCUGAUUGAGACAACGCGAGGGCUGCUCCCGGGGGCGGGGGGCAGUCAGCGGCUGCCGCGGAUGGUCGGCGUCACUCUGGCCAAGGAGCUCAUAUUCACAGGGAGGCGUGUGGGAGGCCAGACCGCUCUCGAGUUGGGGCUUGUAAACAGAGCCGUAGAGCAGAACCAGAGCGGAGAUGCUGCUUACAAAGAGGCUCUGGCCCUGGCCAGAGAGAUUCUACCCCAGGCUCCUUUUGCAGUGCGGAUGGCCAAAGAAGCAAUAAAUAGAGGUGUUGAGGUUGACAUUGGGUCAGCAAUGGCGAUAGAGAGGCUGUGUUACGCCAGGGUCAUUCCCACACGGGACCGACGGGAGGGCAUGGCGGCCUUCAUCGAGAAGAGACAGCCACGUUACACCGGGGAAUGAAAGCGCUCCACCGACAUACCAACAUGAAUUUGAAGAAAGAUAUUUGUAGAACACCGUUGCAAAGAAAAUCUGUUUUUUCCCCAAAUCCAACGAUGCAUUUAAAGUUUUUAGUCAGUGAGGGCUGCAAAAUUAUUUUUUACUUAGUUGACCCAAAGUUCAGAAGGAGAUAUAGUAGGAUACGAGUGGGUGGGUUCUGUUGAUCAAAUCUAUCGUCGUUAUCGAUCAUCAGUAGAUAAUUUGACUUGAACUUUGAGUUUUGUAAAAGUAGUAGCAUAUGUUUUGAUUAGUUGGAGAUGAUGUCAUUUUACUUUGUGCAAAAAUAUCUCCUCUAUUGAGGAACCAGCAGGUCUUUUUUUUUGUGUGUUUAGAAAAAUAAAAUGAAAUGGUUCAAAACUA